CGAACCUCCCGUCCACUCACGCCCGUCGUUGCUUGCUCGCCGCUGCUCACUUUCGUUCGUUCAUCCACUCGCUGUGUCUUUUCGUUAUCGCUGGCCUCUCAACCACAUCCUCAGCGCACCAGUCCCUUCGCGAGUAGCCGCCACGAUCGUGAGCGCCCCCUGGCCUUGUUUUGAGCCUCAUCACAACAACUCACCCACAUCUCACAACUGUCGCCGCCGCAAAGAUGGGUUUCGGCGACUUCUCAACGAUAUGCAAGAAGGCCGCGCUGCCAUUAUGUGCCAUCGUGGGCCCAGUGUCAGACGUCACCGGCACCUCCUCAGGGAUCCAAACAAACUGUUACUCCAGAACGAUUGAGGUUGCAAAUACGAUUAUUUUCCAAGGCGCGAACGACUUCAUGCACAUUGUUGCUCUCAUAAUGACCGUCAUCAUGAUUAUCCACGUUCGAUCGAAAUUUACUGCAGUUGGCCGCAAGGAGAUUACAUCUUUCUUUUACAUCUACAUGAUCCUCACUAUUAUCUCGCUCAUUCUCGAUGCCGGUGUCACUCCUCCCGGUUCCGCUCCCUACCCAUACUUCGCUGCCGCACAAAGUGGUCUCGCAUCAGCGCUUUGCACCUGCUUGAUGAUCAACGGUUUCGUUGGUUUCCAGCUCUACGAGGAUGGCACGACUCUGUCUGUCUGGCUCCUCCGACUCUGUUCGCUCGCCAUGUUCAUCAUCAGCGGUGCCGUUUCCCUUCUUACAUUCAAGAACUGGGCUGGGCUUAGCGCAGCAAAUCCCAUCGGAGUGUUCGUCGUGCUGUACAUUGUGAACGCUAUUCAGUUGUUCGUCUAUGUUGUCAGCCAGGUUAUUCUUGUUGUUGGUACCCUUGAGGAUCGCUGGCCUCUGGGUGACAUCUCUUUCGGUGUCUUCUUUUUCGUUGUCGGCCAAGUCAUUCUCUACGUGCUCAGCGACACCAUCUGCGAGGAGGCCCAGCACUACCUUGACGGUCUGUUCAUCGCUACCAUUUGCAACCUUCUGGGUGUUAUGAUGGUCUACAAGUACUGGGACUCCAUCACCCGUGAAGAUCUCGAGUUCUCCGUCGGCGUCAAGCAGCACAACUGGGAGGUCAAGGAAUUCCUUCCCGAGAAGGACAAGCGCGGAACAGUCUACAACGAGUCCGAAUACACCCCAUCCCUCUACCACGAGCAGGCACGAGUAUCGCACUACUCUGCCGUUGAUGGACGAUACUAGAUUGGGACGGAUAUCUUACUUUUCAUAUUUCACGUUUUAUAUCACAAAAACCGCGAUACCAGCCAGGGUACACGCUGCCAGCAUUGCAUUGGAGUCUCAUGGCGCAAAGAUCAGCUUUUUUGGGAUAGUCUAGGGGAUUGUGUUGUAUGUGUAAUUAAUUAGGCUGGGGGGCGUGGUGGAAGGACAGAAGUUUUGUUUACACUGUAGAUACACUAGGGACUCGCUCGUGCUCAGAGUUUCAUUUUACGUACCAGAUCCAAAGUCGUCUUUGGAGAACUCACAUUCCAUAUAUACAGAAUAAAAUCCAUGAUAUAGAUUCC